CACUAAAUACUUAUCUCUUAUGUUCCUCCAACAUUAUACAUAAACCUCCUAACCCAAUUAUUUUAUAUUUCAUAAUUUAUAAUUUUAUUUCAUCAACCUUUUAGCCUAAACUUAUAAUUUUCUUAGAAAGUUUAUUAAUAUUAAAUCUUGUUAAUAUGGAGAUUAAUUCAGAUCCUAGUGUUUUGUUAGAGACAGAGAACGAGGAUGAUAUUUUUUAUGCCGAGAUUAAGAGGAGGAUUUUGGCUUUGACAUCUGAAGAAGACAAUGAAGAUUUAGUUGAAACCAAAAAUUUCAACACAUUUAAUUAUGACACUAAUGAUGGUUCAAACAGGUUAAUUUACAAUUUAAACAGUGCAAUUAUACCUACGCAAAAUUUUUAUUUAUGGGAAACAGAGAGCUCAGAUUCACCACCUGUUUGGUUAGUGAACUUAUGGAAGAAUGGUAAAGGUACUGGAGUGUUCAUUCCACAAGUUUCAUGCAGACAAAAUCAAAGACCAGCAAGAAUGAACAAUAGGAGGAGAAGAACCUAUAGACCAGUGGUGAAUAAGAAAUGAGGAAGUUUGUAUUUAGUGUAAAAAAAUUGAAUACUUUAGCUUGUUAUGAUGAUUCAUUCAAAGAAAAAGUGCAGAAGAAUAAGCGAGAAUAGGCUGUACAAAAUUCUCUUUCAAUUAUCUUAUUGUUUUUAUUCAACUUUCAUGAUAUCUAUGUAUAGAAUGAACUUUUGAAAUUUGUUUAAUGCAAUUUUGUACCUAUUCUAGAUUGAAAAAAGAAA